AUGUGGUUUUCGAGCGCAGAAUUGUGCCCAUCAGUUUCUUUUGCUUGUGAUGAAGGAAUAAUAUUUUGUUUCUAUAUGUUGUCAAUGAGUAGGUAUUGGUGUUUCAAGGUGGAGCAGAUUUAUGUGAUUGGUGAAGAAGGGAUAUUGAUAGAGCUUGAGCUAGCAGGCUUUUCAUACCUCAGGGGUCCGGAAGAUGGUGGAAAAAAGAUAGAGCUCAAGCCUAGGUAUUUGAUGGAACAUGACAAAGAUGUUGGUGAUGUUGUGGUUGGGUUUGAUCGUUACUUUAACUACUACAAAGUUCAGUAUGGGACACUGUGUGUUCGUGAAAAUCCAUGGUGUCUUUUCCUUACUACAAACCGUGAUGCUGUAACUCAUCUUACAGAUGCACAAGAAUGGGCAGGUGGCGGUUCUAUGGUUGGGGCUCUUGUUGGAUCUACUCAACGUGAGCCACUUACUGUUGGGAAACCUUCAACAUUCAUGAUGGAUUACUUGGAAAACAAAUUUGGAAUCACCAAGUCACAAAUAUGUAUGGUUGGUGAUAGAUUAGACACUGAUAUUCUUUUUGGGCAAAAUGGUGGAUGCAAAACUCUUCUUGUUCUCUCAGGUGUAACAAGUCUAUCGAUGCUUCAAAACCCAAACAAUUCCAUCCAGCCAGAUUUUUAUACCAACAAGAUCUCCGAUUUUCUGUCUCUUAAAGUUGCCACUGUGUAACAACUUUGUAGCUCAUCUUUCAUUGCUUCUUUCUUGUGUAUGUAGAAGAAACAAGAAUUAUAAGUUAUAACACAAUAUCAACUCCAUAAUCUUUAUCCAAUUCAUUUUUCAAGCGAAUGAAUUUUGU